AUGAGAAACGGAAAAAUUAAUCACGACUACGAUUCUAGUGGCCGGAUCAAGUUAGAACUCAACAAAGGGGUCGCGAUGCAUAAAGCCAGCUAUUCAAUCUAUGUCUGCACGGCAAAUAAUCGCUGCUGCAAUCGAUCGCUUUACCGAAACGUUUGUAUCGCACACGUAACGUUUUCAAGUACAAUAACAAUUGGAUACAACAUGGCCGACAUAAUUGGACACCGUAGACGAGAUCCACCGCACUCAAGACCCGGCUCGAUGACAUUAUCAGAAGGAAGGACGCAAAGUCUAAGUGGCAGAACUGAGGUUGGACGUAGUUUCAGCAGUCACGACUCGGCUGAUCUUUCAGGAACAAUUCAAGAUCCUGAUGCACGUCCUGCAAUUCGUUCGCAAGUUUUUGCUGAUGGUCUUCGUGGUGGAGGUAGUCCUGGAUUACCGGGAACGGGAGAUGGUGAGAUUGAUUUAUCUGGCAUUGGGAGACCGGCUCAGGAUACAGGACAGCCGAGUCCCAAACCUGCAGAGGCUGAUAAGGAUCUGAAUUUCAAGAUGCCUCCUCCUGCAAAACCGAAACCACCACCAUUGGAUAUUUCACAGUUCAAAAAUCCAGAUGGCUCUUAUGAUAUGGCUAGAAUGCAAGCUGUGUUAUCGACUCGGGUUCAGAUCGGGGUUGAACAAACGAGAGCAGAACGUCGGGCAAAAAGGGCUCGGGGUUCCACGGUCUCUGUACCGGCAAUGAAACCCCUCGAUGCUACACAAGCAACGACACCUUUAGGUAGGACAGAAGAAGUUUACCCUUCGCAAGGUGGUAGAUCGGGUGGGCGAGGUGGACGACAACGAAGACCGCGAGGAGAUCUUAAUCUCUCCCCUAUCGCUGAAAGAAGUUCAAUGGAUAGUAAGGAUACAGAAAAUCCAGAAAGUCAAAAGAAGACUGUUUUACCUGGAGGUGAUCAGGAUUUGGAGAGUGGGAAGGGAGAUUCGGACAAGGGAAAACAACCUACUUUGGAAGAGGACAAAGCAGACAGAUCAGCUGCUGGAAAACCUGUAGCAGAUGAUGAGGGCAGUUUAUACGGUGCGUCUCCUCCAAGAUACCCUGUCUCAAUGCCUCUACCGCUUGAUUCUAAUGCUUCUCCAGACCAAAGAGAAAAGUAUCGUAGAUGGGCUGCCGAACCUGCAGAGUCACCUACUGUCGAAGAAAAGUUCAAGGAAUGGACGGACCGUGGUACAAGUUCCGAAAGUAAAACUGCAGCUCAAGAACUCGAAGCGUUGGCGCAAAAUGAUCUAUAUGACGCACGCGAAAAACAUCUGGCAUGGCUUUUUGAACAGAGAAGUGCAGCGAGUCGCCAGCUCAAAAUCGAAACUGAACAGGGCAAAAUACACCAAUUGCGAGACGUCAUCAUCAGGUGCACGCUUAGUAUCAAAGAAGCUAUCAAGUUGGAAGACAAACGGCAAAAUCUGAAUACGUUAAGAAAUAAUGUGGAGUUGGAAACAAAUGUCCUAGUGAAACACAGAUUCCAGGAACUACUUCAAGAAUUGGAUCGCGAAAUCGAACUUGAUGAAAAAGUUGAAAAAGCAAGACUCGAAAUGCACAUGCGUCCUGAUUCCGUUUGGAAAAGGGCGUUGGAUAUGACGCCUGCCGAGCGAGCGGCGCUAGAUAUACAGGCUGGACAUCAUUUCGCGGCACCUGCACAACAACCGCCAUCUAUGGUACUUCGAGAGUCUUUUGCUGAACAGCUUUUGAGAGAUAAGUGGGAAAAAGAAGAUGCGCUCGAAGAACUUGAGGAUCUUUUUGAUCACAUUGGUGGAUUCUCUGAUUCGGAAGAGAGAGACACCUAUUGGGAAGCUUUCCAAGACAUUCGUCGACCUAUAUUACUCCAGAGAAACAAGGAAUUGACCGACCUGUGGAAAGAACAAGCGGAUGAGGUGAAAGCUAAUCGGCAAGAUGCUUGGCUGAAGUCUAAAGCUGCAGCUGAGGAAAAGCUCUUGAAAUUACGUCAACUUGAUAAGCCAAAUAAGGAAGAGGAAGAGGCAAAGAAGCGUCAAUUUGCGGACGCUCUAGCGGCAAAGGUAGCAAAGAAAAAGGUUGAAGAUGCGGAAGUUGACAAGACAAUUGAGGAUAUUGAAGGAGUACGUGACACGCCAAGCAAACCACUGGUGGCUGGGCAAAGCAAACGGAUGGAUUUUUCUGGACUCGUAACGGCUCUUAAAGGUAAGGGAGUUUCUCUACCUGAACCAUCUCUACAAGGUGAAAAGAAUUCAGGAAGAAAAGGUCUACUCAGUGUCCGCACGGCGCCUAAAGUAGUUGGAGACAGUGGAGAAGUUGAGACGGCUGCAACCGUUAAUGUAUCUUUGGCUCCGAAAGAUUCCGCGGAAACAGACCCUCGCACAAAUUCAACCGAAGAAGAAGAGAAAAUACCACUUCCUGAGCCACGUCCUGGUUCACCCUUUAGAGCCGAAAACUCUCUUUCACCGAUUCAAGAACACAGGUCAAGUCUUACUUUUGAAACGAAUCGUGAGGUAGCAGAUUUCUUGGAAUACAUGGAGAUGGUAAGACAUAACGAGGAAGUAGUCAGGACAGGUGAAGGCGAACUUAUUGAUUCAGAGUUGAUGCGGGAGAAAGAAAAGAGGGUGAUGAAUCCUGGUCCGAUUGACCCAGCCGAGGAGAAAAAAAGACAAAAACGGAUUCAAACCGCGGAGAAAAGAUUAGAAAAAAUUGUCGCUAGACUAAAGAUGCCCAAAGAGGAGCUAAUGGCUCUUGAGGAGAAGGAGCGCAAGCAGAGGAAAAUUGCCAAAGAGAAGAAAGAUCUUGAAGAGGCGACUGCCUGGGAAGAAGAUGAAAGACUCAGGAAACAAGAAUUGGAGGAUGCGGAAACGGCAAGAGGUAAAGCCGAAGCUGAAGAAAAGAAAAGGGAGGAGGAGAGGGGAAAAAAUGAAAUAGCCAAAGAAAACAAAGCCGAGAAAGAGAGGAAAGAGAGAGAAACAAGGGAGAUGGCAGUCAGAGAUCAGAUCAAUAAAGAGAGAGAAGAAAAAGCGAAAGCCGAUCAAAUUGCUAGGGAUAAGAUUGCUAAAGAUUUAAAAGAUAAGGAGGACAAGAAAAAGCCGGACGUCCCAGUUGAUUUCGCUGGAGAUAUCUUGACGAAGAUAAAAAAUGAUCUCCUGGCAAAAGCUGGAGCAGUCAAUCCUUCCAAGUCAGCAGGCGAAGUGAAGCCAAAGCAGAAAAACAAGGAUCUAGAUAAUUAUGUGAAAGAAAUUAAACGGAAACUUGAAGAGGAAGAACUUGCGCGGAGAGAGAAUGGGGGUAAGGACAAGGACAAGCCUGAAGGAAAUCCACCCACUGAGACCGACUCUGCCAAAAAAGCACGCAGGCAAAAGGAGAUUGCAGAGGACACCGCCCGCAGAAUAGAAAUGGCGCGAAAAAAAAUCGAAGCUGCCAGAGUAACAAAUGAAGAAGCGGAGGCCAAAAAGAAAUUGGAUGCGGAGGCGGCAAAAGAUAAACCGACGGUAGACUAUGCAGCCAGAGACAAAGCCGAGCGAUUGGCACGCGAGGAACGAGAACGUGAAACUACAGAACGUGACCGUUUAGCUCAGGAGAGGGCAGAUGAAUUGAAAAAUAGGCCAGCACAGACUGCGGAGCAAAAAGCAGAAGCUGAGGAAAAACGUGCAAAGCAGGAAGAUGAGAAAAAAAGACAGGACAAAAUAGCCCAAGAUGAAGAGGUCGAACUCAAACGGCAAGUGCGUAAAAUGAUGGAAGAAGAACAGGCUGGGGUGGCACUCAAAGAGAAAAAACUUGCGGAGGAACGUAAGGCUAAAGAGGCUGAAGAGGCUAAAGAAAAGAAAGAAAAUGAGCGACUUCGGAUUAAGGAGGAGAGAAGGAAAUUAGCGGAAGGUCUGCGUGAGCAGAAGCGGAAAGAACAUGAAGAAAAUGAACGUGUAGAGCAAGCAGAGACAGAUCGAUUGACAGAAGAAAAAAUGGAAGGUUUGCGGAAGGAGCUUGAACGUAACGAACUUCUGCAGAAAGAAAACGAGAAAAAGAAACGUCUGGAGCAAGAGAAGAAAGAUGAGGAAGAUCGAUUGGCACGCGAUCGCAUUGCGAAGAAGCAGAGGGAAAAAGAAGAGAUUGAAAGAUCAGUGAGAGUAGAAAACCUCCAGUCAGAAGUUCAAAAUCCUGAUCUCAGAAAGGAGAGAAAGGAACGUGAGAAGAAAGAAAAGGAUAAAAAUGAUCAAGAAGCAGCAGCUGCGGCAGCUGCACUUGCAAAUAGGGCUCAAGGAGGUGGACUUUUCCGAAGCAUCGCCGACAGAAUUAAUUUUCCCGAUCUCUCCUGGUUGAAUUUCAGAGUUCCUACACACUUGCAAGGGAGAGCUGGAAACGUAGCUUCUGAUGCUCCAUCUCCAUCUAUUCGUACUCCUAUCCCGGCUGACUACGAAUUGGCCCCUUUAGAUAUAGCUUGGAUGCAUGCUUAUGCUGCUGAGUCUGCUGCUCGCAGAAAAAUCAGUCUCAAUCUUACGAUUUUUAGUUCUGCGAAGCAGCAUUUGUCGGGUGUGGCGCCGCCGCAUUAUUUGGCGUGUCAUGAUAUUCCGGUGUUGUGGAAUGUGUCGCAGUUGAAACGACAUCUUUCAAAGAUCGUACAAAGGGAGAAAGUGGCGGAGAGAAAAAUUGUGAGGUUGAGGAUUGAGAGGCGGUGGUUGAAGAAUGGGAGUAAGACGUUGAUGGAAGAGGGUUUUCGAGAGUGGGAAAGUGUGGUGGUGGUUAUGGUGGAGGAGGGUGAGAAUGUGAGGGAGGGGGAUUGGAAAGAGUGUAUUAGGGAGGCGGAUGGAAUGGCGGGGUGGAUAGAGGGCUGGCCGGGGAAGGGAGCGCUGAAGAUGCCGGGGGAUAGGAAGGCUUGGUUGGCGGUGGCGUUUGAGGGGGCUUUUGGGACUCCGAAUACUGCUUCUCCUAACGUGGAUCACAGAUCUUCCUUAAGAAUUCGAGUUCCAAAACCACACGAAGUUAAAGAACCACCAAAUUUGGCUCAAGGAUCCCUUAGAUCGCUUCUUAAGCAACCGAAGACUGUCACCGGAACAGUUGCCCCGUCUUCGAUAAAUACCACGGCCGCAGAAUCAACAACUGCUGAUACGGCUGGGACGUAUCGGUCGAUUUAUCCAAAGCUCAAUCCCGAAACGAUCUCAAGUGAAUCAUUGAAACGCAUAGCUAUACCUCCAGCCGGUUCCUUUUCUUCUUUCAUACUUAAAAAGAAGACAAGACGUUGCAAAAAGGCCCCACGACUUUCCAAACAGCUCCCACCUUCAGUAUUAGAAAGACAGGGGCUCUCUAGAUCAUCUUCUUCUAUUGAAAAUUCUACAAAAAAGUCCGUAAAGGCACACGAUAAGAAGUCAGCUACUACUUCAGCCACACCAUCCAUCCCUCUUCCUCUUACUCGCAACGCAAGUCACAAUUUCAACUCUGAUAACGAGAAUAAAAAGCCAGCUAAAAAAUCAACAAUGGCACCGAAGCAAUCCACAGGCUCAUCCCAGGAUCCAUCCCAGAACAGCAACAAGCGCAGUCGCGAGAAGUUCGAGGAGUCUGAGGAAAAGAAUUGCAUGAUUAGUUGUGGUCUCGGCGGUCAACUAGACGACUAUGCAACAUUUUACUUCACAGGAACCGUUUUCGAAGCCAUACUCGAGAUCGUACCCCACUUUAAAAAGUUUCGCAAGCCUUACUCCAACUCCAUCUAUAUCCGCGGAUACAUGGCCUCAUCUUCCAGAGUCAUCAUUCAGUGGCUUAUUAAGGGUACAAUUAUGCCACUUGAGUUGCAUAAGCCAGGACGAGCCGAAGGUCUUUCUAAUUACCGUUUUGUCGACACGUACAUCAUGGUAACUGAUUUCCAUAUCCCUCGAUUGUGCGACGAACUUAUGGAUUUGGCUAUGAAAGAGUUUUGGGGUAGUGAUGAAGAAGCAGUCAUCUUACCAGAUAUUCGGGACUUGUAUACCGUUUAUUCGCAAACCGAUCAGGGUAAUCCUUUGAGAAAGCUCUACAUUGCUAUUUUUGAAGACACUGGCCGACCCAAUAUUUCCAGCGCCGAGCUUUGGAAUCUCCUUUCCCGCUCCGGAAAUGCUGGUAUCGACUAUAUCGACUACUGCAGAAACCAAAUCACAGAUCGUGGAACUUAUGAGCAUCCUCUCGAUCCACGAAAAUGGAACCUAUGCGAAUUGCAUCAGCAUUUUUCUUAUCAGGAUUGUCCCAUUUGGAUCAAGCAUCGUGACGCGACUUUAGAGGACAAUUGA